AUGAUGGGCAAGGAGGAGGAGAUUACGCGCAUCGCCCGGAGGCUGGACAAGAUGGUGACCAAGAAGACCGCGGAGGGAGCCGUGGACCUGCUGCGGGAGCUGAAGGCCAUGCCGGUCACGCUGCACCUGCUUCAGUCCACCCGGGUCGGCAUGUCCGUCAACGCCCUGCGGAAGCAGAGCUCGGAUGAGGAGGUCAUCGCACUGGCCAAGUCGCUCAUCAAGUCCUGGAAGAAGCUCCUGGAUGCUUCAGAUGCCAAAGCCAGGGACCGGAGGAGGGGCGGGCCUCUGCCCACAUCCUCCAAGGAGGGCUCCGAGGCCAAGGACUCCAGCCGCAAGAGGCUGGAGCUGCCCAGGGUGCUGCCGGCCCCGAGGAUGACCACGUUCCCCCCGGUGCCGGUCACCUGCGACGCCGUGCGGAACAAGUGCCGGGAGAUGCUGACGGCUGCCCUGCAGACGGACCGUGACCACGCAGCCAUCAGCGCGGACUGCGAGAGCCUGUCGGCCCAGAUCGAGGAGUAUAUCCUUUGUGCGGGGCUUCCGGCUGGGUCCUUGGUGGCACCAGGCCCGCCAGGCCCAGCUCCCCUGGCGGCCACUGUCCUGGCGCCUUUGCCAGGCGUUGGGUGA